ACAAACAAAAAAGAGCUCCGGGAGGAUAAAUCAUCAAAAUCUCGACUAAAAUGUAUUAAAUCAGUGGAAAAAAAUGGACUCAACACCGGAAAAUCCAGCAAAAAAGUGCCGAAUUUGUCUGCAAGAGACAUUCACAGGCAUAAUCUCGCUCCAAACGCCCGUUCCCUGCGAGACAGGCACUUAUGCGGAGCUCUAUGAGACUGUAACUGGCCUGACACCCGAUCGGGGAUCCCAAUUCCUGUGCAAAACAUGUACGGAAGACCUCCUCAGUUCGUACGAGUUCAAAAAACGCGUCGAGCACUGCGAAAAAGUCUGGGGCGUCGACAUAAAAUUGGAAGAAGUCGAGCCAAAAGUCACAGAAAUUGAAGUGAAACCCGAUGCAGAAGCUUUAGUCUUUGUUUCUACCCUGAUUUCGGAAGCAGAAACAAUUCCAGCUGUCAAAAGUGAGAGAAUUCCCAACGAAAAUGACUUUUCGUGGCAAGAAGACAGUUCCGACGAAACUUCUACGAAAAAUUUCGACGAUGAGGAAACUUGUCCGUACUGCAAUGGCACGUUUAAUGCCUCAAAAUUACUGAAACACUGCAAAAAUGUCCACAAAGGCGCAAAAAUGAGUUGUCUCGAUUGCCCGAAAGAAUUCACAAUUCCGUCACAGCUCGCGAAACAUCGUCGUAAGAAACACGGAAGCAGCGAUAUUGACGGCAAAUACGAAUUAACGUUCCCCAAUCGACGCGAAUCUCCCCCACGAAGUACUGUCAAGCGAGAAAAACCAAAAACGUACGAAUGUCCCUUUUGUUCGGAGAUUUUUAACGUGAAACAUCGGCUCGUGCAACACAAAAAACAGAAACAUCCGGGUCAGAAACCCUCGAAGAGAGAUCCGAAUGAGCAAACAAUCUGCCCGGAAUGCGGAAUUAUGGUUUUUGUGCGUGCCCUGGAGCGACAUCGACGCACGGCACACGAUGCUAGUCCCCGAGAAACGUUCAUUUGUGAUUUGUGUGGCGCCAAACUCGUGUCCAAGGUAGGCAUGAAUAUCCAUAUGCAGCUGAAACACUUGAAUACGACGUUCUUUUGUCGACAUUGCACGGAAAAUUUUCCGACGCCGGGCAUCAGGAGGACGCACGAGAUUCGUUUUCACACGAAAAAUUACAAGCAUUUGUGCCAUUUGUGCGAUAAGAAGUUUAUCACGGGCGUUCAUUUGCGGAAACAUUUGAAUUCACACACGGGCGAGAAGAAAUUUCCAUGUGAGCAGUGCGGGAUGAGGCUUUCCACGAAGGAUGGGCUGAAAAGGCAUGCAGCUACGCAUUCAGAUGAACGUCCUUUCGCAUGCGAAAUCUGCGGAUUGGGCUUCAAAACCGCUCAUGUCAUGCGAAUGCACAUGAAAAGUCACAAAGAAUGGGAUUACGAAUGUCCCGUUUGUGGCCAAAAAUUCCUGGUAAACCAAGCACUUCGUAUCCACGUGACACGAAAUCAUCCGGAAUACCAACUUCCUCCGCCGGGCACCGUCAUGAACAAAAGCGCCCUCAAACGCAUCCAAGAAAUCAAGGAAAAAUACGGAACGGAUAACGUCACAGUCGCCAUGCUGGGCACAAAUCGCGGCAAUCGACGAAAUCCGACGACGACGAAUAAUCAGUCACAUCAAACUUCUACAUCACAAAAUACUUAAAAAAAAUUAAUAAUAAAAAAUAUUUUUUUUAUUUUAUUUCUCGUGCACUUUCAUGUGCGAAUUUAGAUAAUUUUUAGUUUUGAACGUUGAUUCGCAAAUGGAACAUUUAAAGGGACGAUUGUCAGUGUGGAUGUACAUGUG